UGAACAUUUCCACAGCAUCUUUCAAACCCUUUUAACAUCGCCCGAAAAACGUUUCCCAACAUUCGAAUCAUAUCAAGUCCUCCAGAUCUAAACCCACCAUGUCGUCCAAAAAACUCCUUAUCAUCGUCUCAGACGCACACUCCUUCCCCCUGCACAACACCGGCAAUGAAGGCAAAACCAUCCAGCAAGAUUCGGGCUACUUCCUCAUGGAGCUCGCCAAGCCUCUCCAGAAGUUCCUCGACGCCGGCUACGAAGUCACAUUCACAUCGCCCGAGGGCAAGGAACCAACCCCAGACCCCCUCAGCACAUCCCUCGCAGCAUUCGCAGGGAACUGGUAUGAGCAGAAACGCGAACUAGAGCUCAUGGAGAAGAUGAAGAAAGAGAACGGAUUCAGCCAGCCGCGUAAAUUCUCAGACAUCAGCGAUAGCGAUCUGGAAAAGUACAGCGGUGUAUUUAUCCCUGGUGGGCAUGCGCCGUUGAGCGAUUUAGGCGAUAACCCUGAGUUGGGACGCAUACUCUCGCACUUUCAUCAAAAGCAGAAACCUACCGGAGCGCUUUGUCAUGGUCCUUGGGCGUUUUUGUCGACAAAGUAUGGGCCUGAGAAGGCGUUUGCGUACAAGGGGUAUAAGCUUACGUGCUGGUCGGAUGUGGAAGAGAAGCUUAUGGAGACGAUCUUCCGCGGCGAGAUUGACAAGUGUGAGAGUACAUUGAGGGAUAAUGGGGCGGAGAUGAUUGAGGGUGUUGCGAAGAGCUUGGGCAAUAUCACUGUGGAUCGGGAGGUUAUUACGGGGGAUAACCCGAUGAGUGCUAAUGCGAUCGGGGAUAAGAUGCUGGAGAUGAUGGCUGCGAAAUGAAUCGUUCAAGCUGUUUGAUGCAAAAUGUAUGGAUUUAUCGCUUUCGUAUCCAUACUUGACUCAACUGGUAAAGGCAACGAUUAUCUUGAUGCUUUACCAGCCAUUAAUCGUCCUCCUCUCAAUCCUCCACUUCCCAGUACAGUUCUCUACGCUCCACAUUACACCAGAUAUCCUCGCCCUCAAGCCCACAAAUAACCCUGCUCCGCCUUCCCUCUAGCCAUGGAGGAUCAUGAAUGGGACCGCUCCAAGGUCUAUGCCAAUCUCCUAUCCAGAAUGUUACGUUCUUGAGUUCUGUCCCUUCAUUCUUCUCGGUUCGAUAUGUUGACCGCUAUUGUUAUGGGGCAUUCAUCUGUGGGUACCCAUGGGCGUGCUACGAUGAAGGCGGGGAGGAGGGAGAAUACGACGAUGGAAGAGGUCAGACGCAUGA